UGUGUGUGUGUUUUUAACUUAUGCGAUGAAAGUAACUAAACAGCACCGUCUUUCCAUCGAUUUAAUAGUUUUCGUAAUAAAAUAGCAAUUUCUAUUCGGAAAUUUUGCUUUUGACACGGAAUUUUAUCAGUGUGCUAUGUGCACGUACAGGAAUUUUUUUUUAUUCGAUACGAUGCACAAAAAAUAUACAGAAUAAAUAACUUGGUGAUUUGGUCGUUGCAAAGUUGAUAAAUUGAACGUUGAUGGCGCUGCGUUUGCGAAUGUAUACGUCAAAUAUGGGCAAACACAUCGCUAGUCGUCUCUUUUCCACUCGCACAACAUACACGCAAAAGAUCCAGCAAAAUUGUACCAAAAUUGAUUGAUGGUAAGCAUUCGCAUUUGCUGUCUCUGUCCGUUGUUCGUUUGGUUUGAAACAGUGUGAUGGGUUGACAAUUGACAUUGGGACAAAGUGUCAUAAUUCAAUGCCGUGAAAUGAAAUACGAAUGAAGCAGCAUGGAAACGGUUUGCAACGUUUGUGAUGGAACUGAAUUCACUGUAAAUGCUGGAUUCUAUUAUUGCGAUAAUUGCGGUCAACGAGCCACAGUUCUACAAGAGGUGGAAGAUCAAGCCGAUGGCCAAUUUGAUGAUAUUCAGAAGAAAUCGCAUAGGAUAAAACAGGUCGCACAAACCAAAAAUACGGAACUGACGUCGUGGGAGACAUACAAUUAUAUUCUCUACGGAUUUGUUAACGAAUUGGUUCAAUUAGGAUGCAAAGACGAGUUGAUAUUGACAACCCUACAGUUGUGGUCAGCAUACCUACGAAAAAAUGAGGUGGCAUUUUUUGGGAAGAAAGAAACGAAUGUACCAAAAUUUCCGUUCAAAUUCAGUGCAAGAGAUGUACGACUGAUACACAGUUUGCCGGUGAAAAAGAGACGAGCAUCGUCUACGGCAAGUUCAGCCGGAUCAAGUGAGAAUGUCACUUAUCGCCAGUCGAAAAUUGCUCUCAGAAAGAAGCAACAAUCGUUGGCCACGGCUCAGUACGAAGAAUACAUUAGUUCACAGAGAACGGAUAUUAGUUCGGUGGGCUAUAAUCUGUCGCGACAUUCAUCAACCGGGCAAUCGACCGACAACUCCGAUACGACGAUUCGAAUAAAGUACUCUCGUCGAGCUCGCCGGAAAGUGAACAAGAAGAUGGGCAGAGAGCAUAUAAUCGAGCAUCAAAAUGACAUUGGACGCAAGCUGAAGUGCCAUAAUUUUAAAGAUAAAGAGACAUUGGGCCGAACUUUUGUGUUUGCCAUGCUGUGGCUGGCUCUGAAUCAGGUGGGCGAUAGUUUGCAAAUCAGUGAUUUGAUUCGAUAUGCAAAAGAGUCACACAUCAAACUCAAUAACAUUAGUAGCUUUUUGCCGCCAAACAUCGAUUGCCGCCAGGCGGUGAAUCAUUUUAAAAAAGGUUCCAAUGACAAUCUAACCCAUGCAUUCCUGCGCACCAAAGCACUGACGAUCGCACGAGUCAUUGGCAUUCGAAAUGUGAUGCAGCCGGAUUUGGGAAUGUUGUGUGAACGCUACUGCAAGGAUUUGUGUCUGCCGCCAGUGAUCGCUGAGAUGGUGAAACGAUUGCUGGCCUUUCAUCCGCCUGAAAUGAAAAUGAGCGAAACCAGCACUUUAUCAAGAACCGUACCAAAUUAUGAGGGUCGUGCUAUGGCUUAUAUCAUUUUCAUCUUGAAGCUAUUCUUCGGUGUGGAUGACAAACGAGAAAAAUUGAUUUCGAAUUCGGCACAGGUGAUAAACGACAAACUAACGGAAAAUGACUCGAAACAGCGGCCGUUGUUUGUCUGGAGCGAAUGGGCCGACUACAUCGAAAUGCGAAAUGUUAUUCUGUCCCAAUGCCAUUAUCCGACCGCUAUGCAAAUCGAUCCAAACACCAGUAUGCACACAGACAUGUACAUUGAUUUCUUGAAGCGCAGCAAUGAGGACAGUACGUAUCAGAAUAACUAUCGCAAAGUUGAAAUGGAAAAUAUUCGCUUGAUUUUCAGUCAAAUUGUACAGCUGCAUGAACAACACGAUCGGCAAAAGGCUAAACCAUCAUGUCAGUUUCAGCCAUCUCUGACGCCGUUCAGUAGUUACAUGGAACAAAUUAUCGCCGACAGGUCAAUCAAAUCGAAAGUCUAUGUUCCUGAGUUUAUGAACAUUGACCAUGAGAAUCGUGAUAUUUUACCGUAUAUUAAGCCGAAAAGACUAAGCAAAGUAUUCCAGAAGAUGAAACAUCGAUUAGAUAUUAAGGAAAUUGAAUUCAAUCCAAAUCUACGAUUUUCGUAUGUUCAUCAUGAGAAUACUAAGAACAAAGCAGGAAAUGUACAAUUCAAAUUCGAUGUGACGACAGCCGAAUGGAUCGAUUUAUUGCAAGAACGCGAUGAAAAAAGAUGCAAAGCAAAAGAGAAGAAACGAGCCAAAGACAAUGAAGAAAUCCGGCAAAACAUCGUUGAACACUUAUCGAAUUUGCGAGCUAAACAAGCCGCCAGCGAUGCAACUCGGAAGGCAAACCGAACGGACGUUAGAACGAUCCAACGGACAAGUGAUACAGCCGAGAAUCAAUCGACUUCUGAAAUGUCCGCGUAUCACUAUUUUGAUGAGGAAGAAAAAGAUAUUAUCGAUGACAUUAUGCUGAAUGAACCACGGCGUAAUUUAGAUCAGCAGCCCAAUAUGCUAGAUUAUCAGUCAAGCAGUGACGAUGACGAAAGCGACGGAGAUGAAACAAACAACAAUUGCGAUUCAGAUGCAGACGCAGAGAAUGAAGAUGCAAUUGAAUUCGUUAUCAGCAAUUUUGAUUAUUGGAUUGCAAUGCAAAACAUUUACCUAAUCACGAAUGCAUCAUUCAAUAAGAGUGUAAAUGAACUGCCGAAAAGUUUCCAAUGGCUUCUGAAGCAAUGUGCUCUCCAAAUUCACAUGCACAUCAAGGAUUUGUACAUCGAACUGUUGGCAAUCGAAAAUCAGUACCGUUACAUUCUGAAGCCAAUAUUCAAAAUGGAAAACUACAUCAAAUAUCGAACAAAGUCCAAUACCAAAUUAGAUGACCAAACCAUUAUUGCCAUCAGAAACCUCAGAAGGAUUUGGUAGAAAUCAGACACACUUGCUUUUGUUGCUUUUGCUGUGAACAAAAUGAUCUUCAUUUUUUGAAACGAAUUAUGCUUGUGUUUAGAAACGAAGACCAAUGAGUAGUUAGAUGUUAACGUAAGAAUCGAAGUCAAUAUGCUAAUCAUUUAAUUGAAUUAGAAUAGAAAAGGAUGCAGUAGAAGAAGGGAAAAAAAGCAUAACAAACAUGUUGCAUUAAAAUGAGAAAGGAACUGUUCUCAGAAGGCGUGUGUGUCUACACAACUGAAGAGAAUCGAAAUGAAUUGCAAUGAAGCAAUGUUUACGGGCAUAAAAUUAUCAUUUCUUCUUUUUUUUGUGCUGUGAGAUGCAAAAUUAAAUGUUCGACAUUUUCCAAACAAAAGGUAAAUUUCAUCCACAUCAUUUGUUCAUAAUAUUUGAAAAGGAUCUUUACUUGGAAAGCAGAAAAAAAAGACAGAGAAACCAAAAAUCAUAACACGAUUUUGAAAAGGAUUAGAAAAUAAAGACUGUUGAAAAUGUACUUUUCACAUUGAAUCAUAAAAUAUAUCUUUUUUUAUCAAA